CCGACACGGUAUCUUUUGUUCCAAGAAAAUGUCAUCCUGCUAUUAUCUUCGUAUCGCGGCCCAACCCAAGAUAGAGCUCAUGGUGCCCUCACCCCUCACACUAGAUCGACAACUACGGCGGGGUCUCGAAGGCUGUCAGUUCCUGGAUUGUAAGCCACUGCGUGCCCAGCCGCAGCUAGAACUGGGCUCACCCCAGCCCCUGCUCGUACUACCUAAUGCAUGCCCAGUUGACGUCGUUGAUACAUGCAAAAUGGUUCGACAUUGAAGCUGAAGACAGCCCUGCAUCGUACGAUUGCGGGGGCCCUAAUUGUAAUUUCUAGCAAGCUGAGACGGAGGCGUA